CCCGCCUCCCUUGCAGCCCCCCCUGCUGUGAGGCCGACGGCAGCACCAUGAGGGAGAACUUCGACGCCCUGCUGGCCCUGGGUGUCCCCAUCGCCAAACCGGAGCCGGUGCCGCAGGCGGAGGAGCUGUGUGCCGGGGCACAGCUGGAGGACAGCGAGGCACCUGGAUGUGCCGGCUCAGCGAGGCUGCUGGUGCCCAAGGAGGAGGUGCUGCCCGAGGGCGAUGCCGAUGGCGGUGGUGCCACGGGUGCCACGCAGGGGCCCGAGCUCGGCUGCUCAGAGGACUGGCUGGUACGGAAGGUGAAGGUGGAGGAAGAGGAUGAGGAGUGGGCGGCCGGGCUGGGCGCUGAGGCCCUGUUGGCGGGGCAGCCCCCGGGCAGCGCCUGCAAACCAGAGCCGAUGGAGGAGCCGGAGCUGCCGGAAGAGCCGGGGGAGCUGGGCUACGGCACGCUGCCCGCCUUCGCGUGGCCGCUGCUGGGCGAGGGUCCGGCCGGCGCCUGCCAACACUGCUGCUGCGCGGCGCAGUGCGGGCAGUGCGUGCCCCCGGCCCCCGCCCCGCCGCGGCCCUUCGCCUGCGCGCAGUGCGGGAAGGGCUUCGGCAAGAAGGCGCACCUGACGCGGCACCUGCGGGUGCACACGGGUGAGCGGCCCUAUCCCUGCGCGCAGUGCGGCCGCCGCUUCCGCCAGAAGAUCCACCUGCGCUCGCACCAGAAGACGCACACGGGCGAGCGGCCGUUCCCCUGCUCCGAGUGCGGGCGGCGCUUCCGCAAGAAGACGCACCUGGUGCGGCACCUGCGCACCCACACGGGCGAGCGGCCCUUCGCCUGCGCGCUCUGCGGCCGCGGCUUCGCCCACAAGCAGCACCUGCUGCGGCACCAACGCCUGCACGCCGAGCCGCCCGCUGAUGCCGACGCCGACGCCGACGCCGAGCCGCCCGCCGACGAGAAGCCCUUCCCCUGCCCCGAGUGCGGGAAGAGCUUCAGCUGGAAGAAGAACCUGACGUCGCACCGCCGGCUGCACCUGGAGGGGCGGCCCUUCGCCUGCGCCGAGUGCGGCCGCGGCUUCAGCGACAAGCGGCACCUGACGGCGCACCUGCGCGGGCACAUGGGGCUGAAGCCGUACGCCUGCCCGCACUGCGACAAGACCUUCAGCCACAAGCCCAACCUGGCCACGCACCAGCGCACGCACACGGGCGAGCGGCCCUUCGCCUGCCCCGACUGCGGCCGCGGCUUCGCCCACAACCAGCACCUGCUGCGGCACCUGCGCGUGCACACGGGCGAGCGGCCCUUCGCCUGCCCGCAGUGCGGGCGCUGCUUCAGCUCCCGGCCCAACCUCAUCGCCCACACCAAGGCGCACGCCGGCGCGCGCCCCUUCGCCUGCGAGCAGUGCGGCCGCGGCUUCAGCCGCAAGUCCCACCUGGCGCGGCACCAGGCGGUGCACACCGGCACACGGCCCUACGGCUGCUCCCAGUGCGCCAAGCGCUUCAGCUCCAAGACCAACCUGGUGCGGCACCAGGCCGUGCACACCGGCCACCGGCCCUACAUCUGCACCCAGUGCGGCAAGAGCUUCAGCCGCAAAACCCACCUGCUACGUCACGAGCGCACCCACAGCACCGCGCCUGCGCCGCAGCAGGGCUGGGUGGCACCGGCGCCGGCGGGCGAGGGAUCCGGCGGCUCCGGCCUGGGACGGGUGCUGUUGGUGCUGCCGCCCACCGUGGACCCCAGGAGCUGUGUUGCGUCGUGGCACAGAGCUGCGCUGGCGCAGUGCUGGUGCGGAUCCCCACAACCUGACAUGGAGACACGGGCAGAGAAGGGCGAGGAGGGCGACGGCGCGCGCAUCACGGCUCAGCUGCUGAAGGCCAGCACCGGGGAGUUUGCUCUGGAGUCCAUCCUGCUGCUGAAGCUGCGCGGCCGCGGCAUCGCCGACCUGGGCUGCCUGGGCGACUGCACCAACCUGGAGUGGCUCGACCUCUCCGGCAACGCCAUCUCGCAGCUGGGCCCCCUGGCCGGCCUCAAAGCCUUGGCCGUCCUCAACCUCUCGCGCAACCGCAUCUCCAGCCUGGAGCCGCUGGGCUCCUGCGAGAGCCUGCAGAGCCUCAACCUGGCGGGGAACCAGGUGAGCAGCCUGCAGCAGCUGCGCUGCCUGGCCGGCCUGCGGCGCUUGGAGAGCCUUCGGCUGCGCGACGCGCUGGGCCAGCUCAGCAACCCCGUCUGCGCCACCGCCGCCUACCGCACCGCGCUGCCCGAGCUGCUGCCCGGCCUGCGGGACGUCGACGGCGAGCGCGUGUCGGGGCGAGGCAGCGAGCUCUUCCAGCUGUGCCGCGACCUCGACAGCUCGCUGGGACGCGGCCCCGGCCCCGCGCCGCCGCGCGCCGCUCAGCCCUGGGUGCGGGCGGGGUUCUGGGAGCCGCCGCCGCUGCGCCGCAGCUCCAUCGUGGAGGAGGCGUACCGGCAGUUCGGCGAGGCGCUGCGGGAGUGCCGCGAGUUGGGCCGGCGAGCCGAUGACACCAUCGCGCAGGCUGAGCGGGCGCUGAGCGGCACUCACUCUCUCGACGGCCCCUUCCACCGACUGCUCCCUAAAGAGCUGCUGGACGUUGCUGCGGCUGUGGAAGUAGUCCAGCACGUCCUUCACCACGCGCCGCUGCAGCGGGCUCUGCCCGGCGGCCGCCAACGCCAGCACGGCCACGGCGAUGCCCAGCAGCCGCUUCAUCCCCGCCGCGCAGCCCCGCCGGCCUGCUGCCCACCACCGCUUGUUGAUUUUGGUCUCUCAUUAACCAAUUUCCUGGGAACUGCCCCUUUCCGCCCAUCGGACGGCCCUGCGCAGCCCCCGCAGAGGAGGGGCCGCGGCGGUGGCCAGAGGCGCGCGGGGAUGGAUGGCGGCAGCCUUGACCCCGUCGGCAUCGUCAGCUCCGUCCCCGGCACGGCAAAGCCCAGAAGCGGGGAGAGUCGCGCGCGCGCCUCCCGGCGUCGCCGCCGUGCUGACGUCACCGCCGCGUCUACGUCAGCGCGUCGCGGGACGCCGGCGGCCGUGAGUUCCCCCGGGGAGGCGGCCCGGGGCUUGGGGGAGGGGGGCGUCGCCACGGCAACCCAAGGGCCCGGCCGGGCCCAGGGCCAGACCCCGCCGCUGGCUCCUUCCUUUCCCCUCCGAGAGCUCGGAGGAGGAGGAGGGUCCAGGCGCCCGCCCAGCCGCUCCCGCUGCGCGCCGCUCCGUGCCGCGCUCACACUGCUCUGCUCUCGCAGGGACCCGCAGCCAUUUGGAGGAAGUUGGGGAAGCUCCAAACCGGCACUGGAAGGUGGAAGGAGAGGACAGCCGCCGCCCCGCGUCACCCCGAGAGUCUGCGUCCCCUCCGUGUGCCAUCUGGGCCCUGGGGGAACCAUGUCUGCGGGGGGGGCUCCCCAGCACCCGACUCCUGCACGAGGGAAAGACCAAGGAAGCGCUCAGGGUGCCAGGAUGCUGCCAAGCACUUCUGUGUGUGGUGAAAACGCAGAGAACAGAGAAAACCAAACCGAACCAAACCAGAAAAGCGAUGGCCAGCUGCUGAAACACCUCUCCUCUCUCCUGGAGCAGCCUGCCCACAUCCUGAACCUGCUGCCUUACCCCAGGCUGAACGAGGUGCCCAGGGCUGGACAUGAACUGGGUUCUGCGGGUGCAGAGAUCCCCUCUGACCCCUGCACAGGCUACAGAUUUUUCAAGCCCGGUGGCUUGUUCGGUAUUAAACAGUCGGAGGAGCCGUUCCCUGAAGGCCAGCAGAUGCAGGAGGACAGCAAGAUCCUCGUGAGCCCCUGUGCAGUUGAGCCUGUCCGAACGAACAAGGUGGAGCAGCCUGAUGAGAAGCCCGGGGUUGCUGCAGGCUCUCUGGAGCUGUACCCCACCGGUGCCAGCAGCUCCAGCCGCUGGUUCCAUGGCGGGCAGCGCGCUCCCGAGCGGGCAGGCACGGAGCGGGACGGCGCGGCCGGCCUCAGCCCGCUGCCCUCCAGGGUGGGCUGCUGGGUGCCCCAGCUUGGCAAUGGCCCCUUCCGCUGUGCCCAGUGCGGGAAGGGCUUCCGCCAGAAGCAGAGCCUCAUCACUCACGAGAGGAUCCACACCGGGGAGAAACCCUACAGGUGCGGGGAUUGCGGGAAGAGCUUCAGCCAGCGCCCCAACCUGCUGACCCACCGCCGCGUGCAUACUGGGGAGCGGCCCUUCCCCUGCACGCAGUGCGGCAAGAGCUUCAGCCAGAAGGCCAACCUCCUGGCCCACCAGCGCAUCCACGCCGCCAACGAGAAGGCGCUGGCGGGGGGUGAGCAGGAGGACGGUGGCUCCGGCAAACCGAAGCUGCGGGCUACGCAGCGCAGCUACCAGGACGACACCCCCUUUGUGUGCCCCGAGUGUGGGAAGAGCUUCCGGCAGAAGCCCAACCUCAUCACGCACCGGCGCAUCCACACGGGCGAGCGGCCCUUCACCUGCUUCCUGUGUGGCAGGAGCUUCAACCAGAAGACCAACCUGGUGACGCACUACCGCGUGCACACCGGGGAGCGCCCCUUCGCCUGCACCCAGUGCGGCAAGCGCUUCACGCAGAAAACCAACCUCGUGACGCACCAGAGCACCCACACUGAUGUCCGCCCCUACCCCUGCGGGCAGUGCCAGAAGUGCUUCAAGGACAAGGUGUCCCUCAAAGCCCACCAGAAGACGCACGCCCCACGCCAGCGGAGGUGCCCGGGCCGGGGUCCGGCUCCCACCCUACCCUUCGGGGCUGCACCCACACUGCUGCAGCCAGGCAGCCUGGAGCAGGAGGCUCCUUUCAGCUCCAUGCCGCCGCUGCCCGUUCAGAAGAUCCCCGAAGGCCAGGAGCUGUACUCGUGCACGGAAAAGGGCUUCCCCUCGAAGGAGCAGCUGCUGCCCACGCAGCAGGCCCAUCUAGGGGAGCAGGCCUUCCCCUGCGUGCAGUGUGGGGAGGGGUUUUGCCCCAAGGUGACUCUGCUCCGGCCGCAGCAUGGCCCCACCGCCGAGGCUCCUGCUGGCUGCGCUGCAGGCUUCAGCCCCGGCCCACACCUCCUGGGGCACCUGGGGGUGCAGCCUGUCCUCGGGGACGGCACGGCCCCCACGCCGCCCACCCCCGGAGCGGAGAAGCCCUUCAUCUGCAAUCAGUGUGGCAACAGCUUUGGCCUGUGGAUCUCCUUGGUUGCUCACCAGAAGACUCACGUGGGGCAGAAGUCCUACCAGUGCCCCGAGCACGACAAGAGCUCUGGAGAUGAGCUGUCCACCAAAUCUCCCCAGGAGAAAGACAUGGAGGGGAGAGCCUGGCUGUGCCCCGAGUGUGGGAGAAGUUUCGUGCAGUAUGAGCGUUUGGUGAAGCACCGCCAGAACCACCGGGGCCGGGGUCCUUAUCGCUGCGACGUCUGCGGGAAGAGGUUCAGCCUGAAGACCAACCUGGUGACUCACCAGCGCAUCCACACCGGCGAGCGGCCCUUCACCUGCGGCGUCUGCGGCCGCCGCUUCAACCAGAAGGGCAACCUGGUGACGCAUUACCGCACGCACACCGGCGAGCGCCCCUUCGCCUGCACCCAGUGCGGCAAGCGCUUCGCCCAGAAGCCCAACCUCAUCGCCCACCAGAAGACCCACUCGGGCAGGCAGCCCUUCACUUGCCUGGAGUGCCCCAAGCGCUUCAAGAGCAAGCUCUCCCUCCGGGUCCACCAGCGCGUGCACGUGGUGGAGCGGCCCCAGAGCGAGCCGGGCCCCGGCCAGACACCGCCCAGCCUGCAGAGCCACCCCGGCAGCCCGUACCCCUGCUCGCUCUGCGGGGAGUCCUUUGAGGAGCACGGCGAGCUGCAGCUGCACCGGCAGGGCCACGCUGGCGAGCGGCCGCACGCCUGCGCCGAGUGCGGAAAGCGCUUCCGGCAGAAGGUGAACCUGGCUGUGCACCAGAGGACCCACACCGGGGAGCGGCCCUUCCACUGUGCCGAGUGCGGGAAGGGCUUCAGCCAGAAGGCUCACCUCCUCCGGCACCGCCGGACGCACACCGGUGGUGUGCCGCCCUCCUGCUGCGAGGGGACCUGCCCGGCACACCGCGACGAGCCGGACGCCAGCGCUGCCCUGGGGAAGGGACCCGCGCCGCCUGGCGCGCUGCUGCCGCCCUGCUCCCGUGGAGCCGUGCAGGGAUCGCUGCCGCGGGAAGAGCUCCGGCCGGGAGCGCAGCCCGGCCCAAACAGAGCAGAGAGCCCAUCCGGGGCCGCAGACAUCCUUCUGCAGCUGAUGCAGGAAGAGCAGCACCUGGUGUCUGGCUCGCAGCACCCACAGGAGGCGCCCGCUGGGCAGUGCCCCUGCAAGUGCUCCGAGGGCGGGGAAGGGUUGGGUGGGAAGCCCAGCCUGCAGCCGCAGUGCUGCUGCGCCGACUGCGUGACCCAGAGGCAGCUGCUGCUGAAGCCCCAGCAUGACUGCCGUGCUGAGAUCUGGUGCAAGUACGGCGGCUGUGGAAGAAGCUUUGAGGACAAGAGAGUCCUGAGAGUGCCUGAGAGAGCGCACAGCGAAGAGAAAACCUCGCCGUGCCCGAGCUGCUUGUAA